ACCGCAGCUUACAUGACGCAAUGUACACACACGCAUACACACGUAUGCGUAUAUAUUCGACAUCUAGCGGUGCCGAUGUUAAAUCGAUCGUGGCGAGGACAACAAAGGCCGAUACGCAAUUUCAACUGUGGUCCGUCUACGAUAGAGAUGCUUGAAACGAGAGAGCGAGCGAAAUCGAACAUGACGAGGUUAACAAAAGCCGAUACUCAAUUUUACUGUGCUCCGUCUACAAUAGAGAUGCUUGAAACGAGAGAGCGAGCGAAAUCGAACAUGACAAGGUUAACAAAAGCCGAUACUCGAUUUUACUGUGGUUCGUCUACAAUAGAAUGGUAAGUUUUAAGUCUUAAGAAAUUAGCUAAUCAUUGUUGAUAAUUCUUUCUCACGUUUUAUUGUAACGAUUGAUUUCUUACUUUUGAUGACCUGAAGAAAUUGAUUUGAUUUUCUUGAAAUUUUAUUAAUAGUUUGAAACGAGAGAGCGAGCGAGGGAGAGAGAGGGGGGAGGAGAGAGAAUU